AUGGCACCCAACGGUACAGGCUUACCCCCUCGACCCAAUGCGAGCGCUGGGCCCUCUCAAUCCCGCCUCAUCUCCUACCCCGCGCCGGUGCCGCAGAUGGGCUUCGCCCCCUCCUCCUCCAACCUGUCCGGAGGGUAUGGGGGCUAUCAAGCUUCCGCACCGGUCUUCAAUCCGGCAUACGGGUAUCCUGCUGCUCCAUCAUACUCCCAGUAUCCGCAGUAUCAAGCCUACCCAUAUCCCGCUUAUCCAGCCUACCCAAUGAUGCCGAACCCAUACCAGUCUGUCGGCCAACCCCUCUUCUAUCAGCCUCAGCACCAAAUCCCGCACUACCCUCACAUGCCCGCGACGACACACGUCGAGCCGCCAGCCAAGCGUCAGAAGGUGGAUGCUGGGCUUCUGGCGGUAGGAGAUCCGAUGGCGUGGCGGAACUGCUCGGUGAAGGGGUGCAAAUUCGUGGGGUCGGGGGACAAGGUGGAACAGCAUGAAGGGGAUAGGCAUCUUAUCUUUCGAAAUGGGCCUAAAGUGGAGCUCAGCGAGGAGGAACAGGCGUAUGCGCAGCACAAGGGGCCGCCACCACCCGUUUUCGGAACGAGCAUUACGCUGCACACCGAAGAGGAAAUAGCCAAGUGGGUAGCUGAACGGAAAGCGAAUUGGCCUGGAGCAAAGCGAGUAGCAGAGAAGAGAAUCGAGCGGGAAGUAGCGAUAGCCCGAGGAGAGAAUCCGGACGCCAAGAGCAAGCGGGACAGACGGCCCAUCGAUGCGGCAUCGAGGGCGGAAGACUGGGGAAGAGUUGAGGCGCCUGAAGGCUCAGACCGAGGGGGAAGGGGCAAAGGGCGAGGGCGAGGUCGGGGAUCUGAACGGGGAAGAGGCAGGGGAGAUAGGGAGGGCGGUGGUUCAGGGCGCGGCGGGGCAAGAGGCGGACGAGGUGGAGCUGGCGGUGGUGGAGAAAGCGACAGAGAAGCUCAGGCUAGCGAUUGGGGAGGACGAGGGAGGGGAAGGGGACGAGGGGUUGGCGAUACGGGCCGUCCUCAAGACUCUGGCUAUCAGCGGAACCCGCCCCGGCCGACCGAAGCGAUGCCUCGUCACCCGGCUCCGCCAUUUCCGCCCACGAGCGCGUCUACCUCCGGUCUCGCUGCUAUCGAAGGCUACGAAUCAUCCAGCUCUUCCUCUAGCUCUUCGAGUUCGGAUGACUCGAGCGAUUCGGACUCGGAUGACUCGCUUAGCAGUAUAUCCACCGACGAUGUUGCUCAGGCUGUUUCAAAGGAGGAGCAUUCAUCUUCACACAAGGCGUCAGAGCCGGUAGUUCAGGCCUCGGCGGCUGUAGACGUAGUGGAUGAGCUACCGUCGGCGAUUUGCCCACAUUGGGAGAAGAACGGGAGGUGCAGACAGGGGGAUAGAUGUCUGUCGGCUCAUCCGGCUGAUCAUCGACCGGCACCUGCUCAUACCAAUCCGGCUCGGAAGCAGGUCCGUCAACCUCCCCAGCCAAAGCAGAACCAUUUCGCUCGUCCUAGUCUACUCGGUCAACUACUCGCCAAUCCCAUUCAGAACACCUUGUCCCAGUUGACCCAGACUAUACGAUUUCUGGUCGCCAACGAUAUGCUGCAAGGGGUCGAGCUGGAGCCGGGACAGGCUGAAGAGGAACAGCGGAAGCAGGGCUUGGUGCAAGUCGUAGAGGAAGUGGUUUUUGAGGAGUCAGCGUAG